GACUAAUCGAAAGUGACGCCACCGGUCAGCACGUUGUGUCGAGUCGUUCAAUUUCUGCAACGUUUUGCAUUUCUGCUAAGUUUUACGAUACGUCAGUGCGCGACAUUUUUUUUCGCGUCGUACGCGAUAUGUCACAAUUUUGAUAAGAAAAAGCCGGCAGGACCACUGGCGUGAUUUCUGCUUAUUUUUAUUCAUUCUCUUUCUUUUCGCCGACGCGCGCGCGCUGCAUCACGGCAUUGCGCCAAGUCAGGGUUCAAGAUGGCGGAAGGCGAUACGACGGCGGGGAACCCAAACCAGGGUUAUGGAGAGAUUGACCUCACGUGGGCGGACAAAUUACGCAAAAUGGUGUCCAGUGACGCCGAAUGGGAGGCCAUCAUCCUGAAGAAAAUGGAAGAAAAACGGAAUAGAGAGAUGGGUAUAGAACCUGAAGAGCAGCCCUCCAACUUCUCCGUCGGAGGGAUCUUCAACAAGAUCAAGGGCUACAUCCCAACUCGGAAACCGGACAUGUGGCCCGGUGCUUCCAAUCAGGCCACUGAAGCUAAGCCACCAGAGAUGGACAGAAUGGGGGACGAGCUCAUGGAGUCCCAGUAACGGACGUCGCCCACCUGUACCUUUGGCAUCUCUACUUGGGUGUACCACUGAUACGAUUCCUACAGUCAUUCAUACUACUCUUUUAUGCUGAGAGGAAGCUUACCUUGUAGUGUCUGCUACGGUGUUCGAUUUUUAGUUUUUCUCCGUGUACGUACUUCUUAGGACUGAUCUGCUAUCGUCAUCAGGUUGAUCCGGUCAACCUCAUGAAUCGGACCUAGCAUACGACUAUCCCUUCGAGUAAAGUAGGCGCACCUAGAGAGUCGCUGACAAUUGUAUGACUAAAAGUUUCUCAGUGGUACUUAUAUAUCUGCUCCCAACACCCCUCUAAGGCAAACCAUGAAACGAAUGCAGAUGUCGAAGGAAGUGGACUUUUUUUUUCUCUUUCCAUUCCCACCUUUGUAUGAUCUUUGUAUUAUAAUAACCAAUUUAUAUUUUGUAUCUGGGUUGUCAGACAUAACGUUGUGUUCUAGUCAUGUCGUGGGCAAAAAAAAGAGAGUUCUCUUGAGAUAUGUCUGACGGCUUUGUGGGGAACGGCUAUUCAUAUGCGCUAAAACGGGUGCGGGAUAAAUAAUUUUCGUUAUCUCGCUGUUUAUUUCCCAUUUUGUACAUUUAUUUUUUGUUCCUCUGCAGGAUCGCAGAAGUAACUGUGGUAUAUGUAGUAUGCCAGAAAACACAGCAGGAAGGCAAAACGCGUCGUUUUCAAUGUCGACAUUCAAGGUUGUGUCCUAAUUUUCAGCACACAAGGAAGUCUGUUGCAGUGUAUGAAUUUCGCUGUUGGGAAUUCUGGUAUUCAACGAACAUUCAAGUGCCUGUAUGCUGCUUGUUCCUUUUUCUUUGUACGAAUGCCGUAAUUACGACAGUUUUGUGGGACAAAAAAAAUAAAAUGUUUUUCUUAAUGCUCCUCGAGCGCACAACUAAUACAGUAAGUUACCUCUACGCCUGCACUUAAAAGGAAACGCAAGUGCUUAUUUGGUUUAGGUGUGCUUUUCGAUUUCUCGUUACGUAUUUCUUAUCAAUGCAAUGAAUGCUGUAUGCAAGCUGACACUGUAUGUUAAAAACAAAGCCUUUCACUGAAACCUUCUACGACACACAAGAUCUGAUGCCACAAGAUGCCGUUGCGGCAAAGCAAAUACGUUCCACAGCCCGUAUUUAACUAAUAUUCAAUACCAGUACUACUUUAAAGUCUCCGUGUAACACUAGGAGAGCUGUAAUGCUCAAAUACAAACAUAAUCAUUGUCUAGAAAGUGCAUGAAUGUGUUUAGGAAAAUGGUGCUCUGAAGUGUCAUAGACGAUUGUAGUCUCUUUGGAAUGAGGAAGGAAGAUGUCGGAAGGAAUUCCCCUAAGGAACUUUGUUCGUGCACAUGUAUGCAUCUGCAAAGCAAAAUGGACUCCUGGAAUUUUUCUGCCUGCACAGCAACACGGUAAUAGGCCUAGGGUGCAGCACGUGCAACUAAAGCACCUGCAAUGUGUUCAAGCUUCAGCACAACCAAAGUUUUGGUCACGAAAGGUUACAGCAUUAAAGUAAUGGCUCGGAUACAUAUAAUUUGUCACGUCCCAUGCAAUUGGAUUGCAAGCCUCCAAAGCGAAUCUCCUUAAAUGUGUGGUACUGCUCUUUCUUCCACAUUCACAGGAGAGCUAGACGAUGUACUUGUACGAUACUGUACGAUAAGGUCAUUUACUUGUACGAUACUGUUGGGUUUUCAGAGUUUACGAGGUGGAAUAAAUGAGGGAAGCUACAA